CAAAAAUAGAACAACAGCCAAGUUAGCAUCGUUUAUGUCUUUCCUUUCUCUACUUCCUGUUGAACGAAGACAAGUGCUAAUAAAAUGACAAAGAAACGCCGUAACGGAGGUCGUUGCAAGCAUAAUCGCGGCCACGUGAAGCCGGUGCGCUGUACCAAUUGUGCACGUUGUGUUCCCAAGGAUAAAGCCAUUAAGAAGUUUGUCAUUCGUAAUAUUGUAGAAGCUGCUGCAGUGAGAGACAUUUCUGAAGCUUCAAUCUGGGAAACAUAUAUUUUGCCAAAGCUGUACGCAAAGCUGCAUUAUUGCGUGUCAUGUGCUAUCCAUUCAAAGGUUGUAAGGAAUCGAUCGAAAGAAGCUCGUCGUAUUCGCACUCCACCUGUACGAACUUUCCCUAAGGAUAUGGCUCGGAAUCAACCAAGAAAAUAGAGCAAAUAAAUACUUUGGAAAUUGACAUAACACAUAA